GCUUGCCCAAAAUGUCCUAAAAUCAGCCAUAGAAGCAGUCAGCUCAGAAGCUUCAGCUGCAGUUCCAAAGUUCAAGUAUUUAGUCAAGGCUAAGAAUUUACCUCACGGCCAAGUCAAAGAAAUGAAGAAUUUUUUCACCAACUUGGGCUUCUCCAAGUUUUCUAAAGCUCCAAAUCAAACUUAUGCUUUCCUUUCCUUUCCUACUGAGGAAGAAGCUCUGGCAGCUCAAAAAGUUGUGGAAGGGAUGAUGUAUCGAAAUAAGCACAAAAUCGAAACGUCAAUAUCAAAGGAGAAGGAGAGAGUCAUGCAGCCAAGGCCAGCCAAGGAUGUUAAUGAUACUAGGACCCCCACCGAAAAGCUGCUAGAUCAAGUCACUCCUUUGCAUAAACUCUCUUACGAAGAGCAGUUGAAGAAGAAACACGAUGUGAAUGUCGGUUACAUGAGCAGCAUCAAGCGCAAGCUCAAGAACUUGAAGGGUUUAUCACGAGAAGGAAGAGAUGAGAUCUCCUGGGUGUAUGAAAAGACUCCUCAACAACUUCCAUGUGAGCUAAUGGAACCCAUUGCUUCUCCCGAAGUCAAUGGAUACCGAACAAAAUGCGAAUUUUCCAUCGGUACCAAUUUGAACGACGAAAGAUCUGUUGGCUUUUUGCUAGGAAUGUACAAGGACGGACAGACACGCGUUCAAUCACCCGCUGAACUGUCCAAUAUUCCAGAUAUUGCUAAAAAGAUUGCGAAUGGCAUGGAGCAAUACAUUCGUCAGUCUGAAUAUCCUCCUUACGACAGAGUCAGUCAUGAAGGCGUUUGGCGUAGUUUACUCGUUAGAAGCCCAAAAACAGGAGAAGUUAUGGUUAUGGUACAGCUACAAGAAAAAGACAUGACUCCAGAGCAAUUGGAGUCAGAAAAGAAAAAGAUUGUAGAAUAUUGGGCAGAGUUCGAGAAAUCAGAGAACAUCCCUAUCAAGACAUUGCUUAUUCAGACAUGGAGUGGAAGCUUCAACGGCAUUGUCAAUGACGACAAGGCUACCACGGACAUCAUGACUGGCGACGGCUUUGUGCACGAAGAGAUUCUCGGGUGCCGUUUCCGAAUUUCGUACAACUCGUUCUUCCAGAUCAACACGCCAGCCACCGAACUCCUUUACAAGACCUGUGCUGACUGGUGCAACAUCGACGAAAGCAAAAAAUCUGUUUUAUUGGAUUUGUGUUGCGGAACUGGUACCAUUGGUAUCACCAUGGCAAAAUCCGUGAACAAAGUCAUUGGUGUUGAUAUUGUCCCCGAGGCCAUUGUUGAUGCCAGAGCGAAUGCUGAAAGAAACGGUAUCACGAAUGUAGAAUAUUAUGCUAGUAAAGUCGAAGACAAGUUAGAUGUCUUCAACGCUAAAGACGACGAAGAAUUGGUUGCUAUUCUUGAUCCACCAAGAGCUGGUGUUCACAAAAGUGUUAUUUCGGCGGUGCGAAAAUCUAAAUUGAAGCGCCUGAUCUAUGUGAGCUGCGACGCCAAACUUGCUCAGGAUAAUUUCCUGGCACUUUGCCGACCCUCUUCUAACGCAUAUCCCGGCAACCCUUUCAAGCCAAGCAGAGCCGUAAGCGUGGACCUUUUCCCUCAUACAGACUCGUGUGAAUUGAUUAUCGAAUUUUCACGAGAAUAGAAUGAAUAAAUAUGAGAAUGUAGAAGACUAUUUUUUGCCUUUGCGGGGUAAAUGAUCGCCGGGGUGGCGUAGGUCCGACCCCAUAUGCGUUACUACAUUCCAGCUGGCGGGCUCACCCCGCAAAACCGAGAAAAUCAAAACGCGCAACCACAGUUGAUUGGAACACGGAUA